GCCGUCGACUUCAGUAUACAUUGAGAAACGAGAGCGAACGUUGCUAAGCUAACCUUAUCAGUAUUCGCGUGCCACACGCAACCAAGUGAAGUGUUUAUCUGUGAUACAUUCCAGUGUUUAGAAUUAAGGAAAUGGAAUCACCUGUUGUGUUAGAGAAACCACCGGAGUACCACGGGAAUAGGGAUGAGCGCGGUUUCCCAUUUGAUGAGGAGGAGUCCGGCGCGUGGAGCUCGCUCGCGGCGCGGCACCCCGACAUAGCGGCGCGGCUGCGGCAGCGGCCCGCCACCUGGGCGCGCAAGCGCAGGCCCUCCAGCCAGGACGCCACUGACGAUUUCGGCGACGCAUUCGGUUUCGACAGAUUCCCCUUCGACGACAUCCCGCCAGAGUUCCGCGACUCGCUCCCGUCGCACUGGGCCCGCCGCUUCGAGGAUCCACAGGCUCAUCAGCCCCACCCGCCGCACCCCGCACACCAGGCCCACCAGCCCCCGCAGCCCCACACACAGCAGCAGCCCGCUCGGUCCUCCCCGCAGCCGCAGCCGCAGCACAACUCCGCCGCCACACAGACCGAGGCUGACCCCGCCCCGCACCUGCCACAGUACGGGCUGAGGAACACGGUCGACCUCGGCCAGAAGAGCGCCGCCGACCCCUCGGUCGAUGCGGACGACCGCGCGCAGCGCUCCAUGUCCGCGCCGCCCGACGCGCGCCCGCCGCCCAGCAUGAGCGCCAACGACCAGCCCGAGUCGCAGCCGCAGCAGCAGCAGCAGGCCGGCAACGUGCGCCACAUCCCCAUCUUCGUGGAGGGCCGCGACGAGCCCGUCAUCAACAAGAACGUCGACCACGGCGCGCACUUCGGCGAGAGCAAGCCGCACUACGCGCCGCCGCCGCACGUCGACCGCGACCAGUACUUCGCCGACGACAGCCCCGCCUUCCACCACCCGCCCAACUUCUCGCGCGCCUUCGGCACCCCCUUCAACAAGGGCUUCCGCCAGGGCCCGCAGCCCUUCACGCAGCAGAAGGCCUACCCGCAGAACGCCUACCGCGGCGCUUCGCCGCAGCGCUCGCACUCGCCCAAGCGGCCGCCGCAGGAGGAGCAGUUCGCCAAGGCUCACCACCCGCAGCAGCAGGCGCCGCCGCCGCAACAACAACACCACCCUCAACAACAUCAGCAGCACCCUCAGCAGCAACACCAGCAGCAGCAUCCUCAGCAACAGCAGCACCCGCAGCAGCAGCCGCCGCCGCCGCCGCACGCGCCCUCCCCGCCGCCCAGACAGCAGCCCACCCCGAACGACCCCAUCACCGUCAUCCUCGGCAUCCAGACUGACGUCCUCAACCUCAUGUCCGAAGUCGAAAACUUCACCGGAACCAAAAAUGAUAAGCAGUACCUUUACCUCGACGAGAUGCUGACGAGGAACCUCAUCAAACUAGACAAUAUCGAAACGGACGGAAAAGAGAACAUCCGACUGGCGAGAAAGGAGGCGAUUAAGUGUAUUCAGAAAUGUAUAGCGGUGCUAGAGGCGAAGGCUGAGAGUAACGCUAAUGCGGCGGCGGCGCCCACGCCCGCGCCGGCUCCCGCGCAGGACGUGGACAUGCAGCCCGCGGACACCAACGGCGAGCUCGACGUGCACGACACCAAAGACGAGGCCCAGGCUGACGCGCGGGACGCGAGCCAGCCGGAGCCGCAGGCGGAGGAGCCCAAACCCGACGAACCUAACGAGGUCCCGCCCCCCGACACGCGACCCGCGGAGAACCGAGCCGUCCUAGUAGAGAACAAACAGCAGGACGCCGAGAAAAAGAGUCCCAAGAAAAAAGUAGUCAAGAAACGCGACAAGAGCAAAGACAAUACGACUAAAGAGGAGAAGAAGGACGAGAAAUUAGAAUCUAUGCAAGUUGACGAGAAAGGUGACCAGGACUCUCAGAAGAUGGAAGUGGACGCGGCAGCUAGUCAAUGAAUUGCCUUAGUGAAUUGUUACUUGUAGAUGCGAGCGCGCGGCUCGGCCUCCGCGGCACCCUCGUGCAUAAUAACAAGGUGUUGACGUGUUUAUGUUUGUACGUUAAGUUUCUAAUACGAAAGGACGCCGUCCUUGAGCGUUAGGAUUUGAAGAGCUAUUUAAAUCCUUAUAUAUUUAAUUAAUUUAUUGUUUAUCACUAUCUGAUAACACAAUUUUCUCAAUAAAUGAUGAAUUCACAAAA